GUCAAGCUGGGAGUUUAUAAGCGUUCAGUAUCCCCAAAAUGAUGUGAUUGGGGUGAAUUCUGCUUGCUGCCCUCUUGGUCUGAGGUUCCUGACCCAGCAAUCUAAGAACCAGUGGAUUUGGCAGGGUGUCAACAGAACCAGGGGAUGUGGUGCCUUAGACUGGUUGGUUUAAGAGGGAAAAGAAAAGCCUCAAAGGAGGAAGAGGGCGGCUGUCUGAGGAGGGAACUGAAAUGACAGCCAGUGACAGGAAAAAAGGCUCAGCUGUCAAUUGUUUUCUUCUGUCUUCUCCACCCAGGAGAAUAUCUUUGGACUGAAAAGGACAGAACAGGCACAGUAAGUGGGUCAGUGGACUCUCCAGUCAGUCCAAAGACCUGUGACCUGCUUAAUACAGUGAUUGGCAUAUGAUCAAGAAACUGAGGUAAACAGAGAUUUAUGAUCACACAACUAAUAAAUUUCUCAGACCAGAAUAUAACUUGGCUUCCCUAUAAUACAGUGAGAUUGAUCUGAUUGGUGAAUGACUGGACCCACAAGAGUUCUCAUGAAUUUUAGAUGUCCACUUGGAAAGAUGUCUGCAGUAGAAGGCAAGGAAGCUGGUGAGAAAUCUUUCAUUGGGUGAAUACUCCCACCAAAUCACCCAAAUGUUCCUUUGCCUGAAGACAGGAUUUCAUCUUUGAAACAAGAAGUUUCUCCGGAAGGCUUGCCUGUGUUCCAAGGUCAUGACGCUGUGAUGAAGGGUUUGGAGAAAUGGAUGACUUCUUAGAGAUUUACCUCAACUGUGAUUCAUGAUUCACAUAGACUUGGUCUAGAGGCUCUCUUUCUACCUUUCACCUUCUGGGAUUCUAAGCAAGCUUGGUGAGGCCUAUCACCAUGUUCUGGAAGUUUGAUUUGAACACAACAUCCCAUGUUGACAAACUGCUGGACAAAGAGGAUGUAACUCUGCAUGAGUUAAUGGACGAAGACGACAUCCUUCAGGAAUGUAAAGCACAGAACCGCAAGCUUCUGGAUUUCCUCUGCAGACAGCAGUGUAUGGAGGAGCUGGUGAGCCUCAUCACUCAUGACCCGCCCCUGGACAUGGAAGAGAAGGUCCGCUUCAAAUACCCCAACACAGCCUGUGAACUCCUGACCUCUGAUGUGCCACAGAUCAAUGAUAAACUGGGAGGAGACGAAACUUUACUGAACAUCCUUUAUGACUUCUUGGACCAUGAGCCACCUCUCAACCCUCUACUGGCCAGCUUUUUCAGCAAAACUAUUGGCAAUCUUAUUGCAAGGAAAACCGAACAGGUGAUCACAUUUCUGAAAAAGAAAGACCAGUUCAUUAGCCUGGUACUCAAGCACAUUGACACCUCUGCCAUGAUGGACCUGCUGCUUCGCUUGAUAAGCUGCGUGGAGCCUGCAGCUCUUCGGCAGGAAGUCUUGAAUUGGCUGAAUGAAGAGAACAUCAUUGAGAGGCUUGUGGAGCUGAUCCACUCGGGCCAGGAUGAAGAUAGACAAUCAAAUGCUUCUCAGACCCUCUGUGAUAUCAUCCGACUCAGCAGAGACCAGAGCAGUCAGACACAAGAGAUUUCUGAGCCUGACCCCCUCCUCACCGCCCUGGAGUCACAGGGCUGUGUGGAGCAGCUUCUAAAGAACAUGUUUGACGGAGACCUGACGGACAACUGUUUGGUCAAUGGUACGCAGGUUUUACUGACGUUGCUGGAAACAAGGAGGUCUGGGGUGGAGGGUCUGAUGGACUCAUUCUCUCAGGGACUUGAACGGUCUUACACUGUCAAUAGCAGCAUAUUGCACGGCAUCGAACCGUGGUUGAAGGACUUUCAUCAGCUUCUUCUCAACCCUCCAAAGAAAACAUCCAUCCUGACCACCAUCGGUGUCCUGGAAGAGCCCCUGGGGAAUGCUCGACUUCAUGGGGCACGACUGAUUGCUGCCUUGCUGCAUACCAACACACCCAGUAUUAACCAAGAGUUGUGUAGGCUCAAUACCAUGGACUUGCUGCUCGACUUGUUUUUUAAGUUCACCUGGAAUAACUUUCUGCAUUUCCAAGUGGAGCUGUGCAUAGCGGCCAUUCUGUCGCACUCUGCCCGAGAAGGAGGAAGAUCAGCCAGUGAGUCUGAUUGCCGAGAGGAGAUGCACAGUGGGAAUGGAAGCUUGGAAAAAACCGAUUCUGCAGAGGUUGUUUCGGAAAACGUGAUGGUGACACACCUGUUUCAGAAGUGCUGCUUGGUACAGAGGAUCCUGGAUGCCUGGGAAGCCAAUGACAGAAUCCAGGCCGAAGGCGGGAUGAGGAGGGGAAACAUGGGCCACCUCACCCGAAUAGCCAACGCUGUUGUCCAGAACAUGGAGAAGGGCCCCAUUCAGUCUCAGAUCAGCCACCUCAUCAAAGAGCUUCCUGAGGAUUGCCGAGGGCGAUGGGAGAGUUUUGUGGAGGAGACGCUGCCGGAGACCAACCGCAGAAACACCGUUGACCUGGUGAGCACUCACCACCUUCACUCUUCUAGCGAAGACGAGGACAUGGAAAGUGCUUUUCCUAACGAGCUGUCCCUGCAGCAGGCCUUCUCCGAGUACCAGAUCCAGCAGAUGACAGCCAACUUCGUGGAUCAGUUUGGCUUCAAUGAUGAAGAGUUUGCAGACCAGGAUGAUAAUAUCAAUGCCCCUUUUGACAGGAUUGCUGAGAUCAACUUCACCAUUGACGCUGAUGAUGACAGUCCCAACGCAUCUCUGUUUGAAGCGUGCUGCAAUGACCGCAUCCAGCCAUUCGAUGACAAUGAGGAGGAAGACAUCUGGGAGGACAGGGAGAUCAACUAUGCAACUCAAGCCAAGUCCAGAACCAGGUUUGGUGCGUCACAGACCUCAGAGUAUUCCGCUAAAAGUGACCUUGAGAACGGGGGUCGGGAGGCCGGUGAGGACUCUGAGGACUCCGAGGAGGAAGAGGAGGAGGAGGAGGAGGAGGAGGCAGGGGCGGCGGGGGAGGCCCAGCAGGAAGGUGGCACUGCCCCUUCAGAGAGCAACAGCACCACCAACCUCACCCUGCAGGAUGUAGACAUGGCCUCCUCAGAAGGCUCUGGAUGGACAGCUGUAUUUGAUGAGCCGGUAAAUUCAAAGCCCCCUCCCUCAGGUGUGGCCAUGGACAUUGGCUCCCGUGUGUGGGAUGCAGCUGCUCCAGACACUUCCACUGCAGAGGAGAAAGGCUGGGCAAAAUUCACAGACUUCCAGUCUUUCUGCUGCUCAGAAUCAGGUCCUCGAUGCAGUUCUCCUGUGGACACAGGAAGCGGCACUUCUGAGGGGAAGCCCCAGCAGAGCCAGGACAAGAGCUUCAGCCCAGCUGCUCCUUGCGUCUGGAAUGUGUGUGUGGCCAGGAAGGCCCCCCUGGUGGCCUCCGAUAGCAGCUCCUCAGGGGGCUCAGACAGUGAGGGGGAGGAGGAGGAGGAGGAGAAGAAAGCAGGUAUUGUCACAGAAACCGUCAGCCCCGGAUCUGGACAAGAAGGCCUCAAGUUGACCGUGGAUACCAAGAAGGAAAAGGCUGUCUUGACCAGUGAGGCGGCGCCCCUGGUGAUCCAUAAGCUGCCCACAACCGAGAAGGGAGUGACGAGUGCCCCGCAGCCCUCCCUGGAGCCCCUGAGUCCCGCAGCUGUCAUUUCUGCUGCAGCAGCCUCAGCAGCUGUGCCCGCAGCAGCCACCACGGUUGUCCUCACUGCUACGGUCUCUGCAGCAGCUACUACAGCAGCUACCACAGCUGUCCUGGAAACAGUAAUGAAAGACAGGAAAGAGGAGGCGCCACCUUCUCCAGAAGCCACGUUAAAUGGCCCUGCUUGAUGCUGCUGCCUCCCUCGGGCCACGUCUCCCUGAGGCCAGGCAAGAAAACUCCCUGGUGAUGCAAAUGGUCUGUUUUUUUAUUUUAAUUUUAUUUUUUAAUAAAUGCUGCAUUGGUAAAGCUGGUGGUCAGGACCAGUCACCCGACGGCCACAACGGAACCCUUCCUUAGCCGAUGUGCAUAGGAGGUGCCUGGGCCAGAGCGAGAUCUCCACCUGCUUUCUCUCCCUGCUGCCCACUCCCCAUGGCCCCUGGGGUUGGUUGUGAAUGGGGCCUCAGGCCUGUUCUCUGCAUGUCUCCUCUCCUCAUCUCCUCUGCAGCCUGGUGGGCAGCCCCACGGGGCCAUGGCCAUGAGGCGGGCUCGCUGGCACCUGUGCUGCCCACAUAGAGCAAUAAAGCCUUAUUGGAGAGAAGGAGCUUCCCCGGGUUGGGUCAGGAGGGAGGUAGGAGUUGACACCUGGCCCUGGCUGGCCCCGGGGCCCCUCCACAUCCCCCCAGCCUCCUGUCCAGUGCUCCCCCCUCAGCAGUCAGGGAGGACUAAGAAGUACAGUGAGAUGGGACUGACCGCCUCAGGGCAGUGGGCACGUAUAGGCCACAGCCAGGCCUGCACCUCGUGGACUUUCAGCUGGAACCCACAGGGAAUCUAUGAGCAGUUUUCUGGCCUCUUGUUUUUCAUGGUUUUUAAUGGAUGCAGGAACAGCCACAUUUUUGCACUUUCUAUCAGCUACAGCAUCGAAGCCCAAGAUCUGGACUCUUCCCUUGCCUGUUUCCCCCCUCCCCCUGCCUGCCCCUGCCCACUGGCAAUGAGUGUGCCCAAGCAAGGCGGCCUCCCUGGCUCCAGCCUCAGAAGCCCAGCCCUCCCUAGGCAAGACCCCAAGGCCUGGGCUGGGGUCAGAACCAGCAGGGCAGGCGGCAAAAUCCACAGAGGUCUCAGGCUGAAACUAAGAAGAUGAAACCUCAAAGGAUAAAAUGAAAGUAUUGCACCUCAACAAAAACCUUGCGAAGUGUAGGCCUACCUGGCCUGCUGCAGCAUCCCCUUGGUGGGAAAGUGUGGGGGUCAGGUGGACUGCAAGCUCACUAUGUCACCAGCAGGACCCAGCAGCUAAACAGGCUGGCUCAGUCCUAGGAGGCACUGCAGGAGAGAGCCUUCAGGGCCAGGAGGGGCCUGUCCAGCUGUCCUCUCCUCUCUGGAAGCUGCUGGGCCCAGGAGCCAGGCCAGAGGGGGAGAAGACAGCACUGGGGAUGCCCAGCUGGAGAAGGGGAGGCUCUGUGGGGGGCCUGAAUUAGACUUUUGGACCCCGGGGGAAGAACCAGGAGCAAUACACAUUGGGGCUGAAUUAAGAGAGGGCCAGCCUCAGGAAGUACUGAGCUCUCCCCAUCACUGGGAGUGCCCUCUAUGAGGAAGAUGGAAAUGCCAAGGCUGUGGUGUUUCCCACGUGUCAUCUUCUACCCCAGAGAACCCCAAGAAUUUGUUGCCUUCUCUCCCACCCACCCCCCAACCCAAACUGGGCCUCAACCAUGGUCUCAGUGUACUCCUGCCUUCACUAGUGGAGUGGCCUGGGGUGGGGGAGGAGUGGUGAGACUUGCAGAGGAGUCAUUGGGAUGCCUACAGGAUAACCAAGCUUCCCAGGGAUCACUAGCUGCCCUGGUCCUCCCCAAGAGAGCCAAUGUGGUGUGGAGGGCAGGAAAUGCCUAACAGGACCUGAAAGUCGGGCCCAGAUGCCAUGGGUCUUGAGCCCCCACUCCCGAGCCCUCUCCUCUAACUCCUGCCAGCCAUCGUCCUGGCUGCUGGGUGCCCACUUUCCCACCAGCGAUGCCUGUCGUGAUGGCCCAGCCCUCUCAGAUGGCUCGAGGAGCUGCCUAAGGUCCUGGCAACAGCCAGAAUUUGGGCAGUGGGAGCCAGGCUCCAAGCUCCCAUACAGAACGUUUGUUCCCUCCUUGAUCUUUGAUUUGCUGACUUUAGGUGAUAUCUUUAAAAUCAUGGUAAACAUAUCAGAUGUACACUU